GGGGCUGAGCCGAGCCGAGCCCGGGCAGCGUCGAGCGGGGCGAGGGCUGGUGCCGGUGCCCAGCGGCCGGGCGGUGAGGGCCGGGCUUGAGCCGCCGGUGAAGGCGAGAGGAGGAGGCGGAGGCGGCAACAGCAGCGGUGCGAGCUCGGGGGGUGCCGGUGCCACGCCGCAGCCAUGGGGAACCGCGGGAUGGAGGACCUCAUCCCGCUGGUCAACCGGCUGCAGGACGCCUUCGCCGCCAUCGGGCAGAACGCCAACCUCGACCUGCCGCAGAUCGCCGUGGUGGGGGGGCAGAGCGCCGGCAAGAGCUCGGUGCUGGAGAAUUUCGUCGGGAGGGACUUUCUGCCACGUGGUUCUGGCAUCGUAACCAGACGCCCACUGGUCCUGCAGCUAGUAAACUCCAGCACAGAAUAUGGUGAGUUCCUACACUGCAAAGGAAAAAAAUUCACGGAUUUUGAGGAGGUCCGUUUGGAGAUUGAGGCUGAAACGGAUCGUGUUACUGGCUCCAACAAAGGGAUUUCCCCUGUGCCCAUUAACCUCAGAGUCUAUUCUCCCCAUGUCCUGAACCUGACCUUGGUGGAUCUACCAGGUAUGACGAAAGUCCCAGUAGGGGACCAGCCCCCUGACAUCGAGUUCCAGAUCCGAGAUAUGCUUAUGCAGUUUGUCACCAAAGAGAAUUGCCUCAUCCUGGCGGUAUCCCCAGCCAACUCUGAUUUGGCCAAUUCUGAUGCUCUGAAAAUUGCAAAGGAGGUGGAUCCUCAAGGGCAACGCACUAUUGGAGUCAUCACUAAGCUGGAUCUUAUGGAUGAAGGAACUGAUGCAAGAGAUGUUCUAGAAAACAAAUUACUUCCUCUACGUAGAGGUUACAUUGGUGUAGUCAACAGAAGUCAGAAGGACAUUGAUGGCAAGAAGGACAUUCAGGCAGCUCUGGCUGCAGAGAGGAAAUUUUUUCUCUCCCACCCUGCCUACAGACACAUGGCUGAUCGCAUGGGAACCCCCUACCUGCAGAAAGUGCUGAACCAGCAAUUGACCAACCACAUCCGUGACACCCUGCCAGGGCUGAGGAACAAGCUCCAGAGCCAGCUUCUCUCCAUUGAGAAGGAGGUAGAGGAGUACAAGAACUUUCGUCCUGAUGACCCUGCUCGCAAGACUAAAGCUCUGCUUCAGAUGGUCCAGCAGUUUGCUGUGGACUUUGAGAAACGUAUUGAAGGCUCCGGAGACCAAAUUGAUACCUAUGAGCUCUCAGGAGGAGCUAGGAUUAACCGUAUCUUCCAUGAGCGUUUUCCCUUUGAACUCGUGAAGAUGGAGUUUGAUGAGAAGGAGCUGCGACGGGAGAUUAGCUACGCCAUCAAGAACAUCCAUGGUAUCAGAACCGGUCUCUUCACACCCGACAUGGCAUUUGAGACCAUUGUGAAAAAGCAGGUGAAGAAGAUUAAAGAGCCUUGCCUGAAAUGCGUCGACAUGGUUAUUUCGGAGUUAAUCAAUACCGUUAGACAGUGCACCAAGAAGCUCAGCCAGUACCCUCAUCUGCGUGAGGAGAUGGAGAGGAUUGUUACUACCCACAUCCGUGAGCGAGAAGGCAGGACCAAAGAUCAGGUCAUGCUUCUAAUAGACAUUGAGCUGGCUUACAUGAAUACAAACCACGAGGAUUUCAUUGGCUUUGCCAAUGCGCAGCAGAGGAGCAGCCAGAUGAGCAAGAAGAAGGCAGCUGGGAACCAGGAUGAGAUCCUGGUCAUCCGAAAGGGCUGGCUCACCAUCAACAAUAUUGGGAUCAUGAAGGGUGGCUCCAAGGAGUACUGGUUUGUCCUGACAGCGGAGAACCUCUCCUGGUAUAAGGACGAUGAGGAGAAGGAGAAGAAGUAUAUGUUGCCAGUGGAUAACCUGAAACUGCGAGAUGUUGAGAAGGGAUUCAUGUCCAGCAAGCACAUCUUUGCUCUCUUCAACACUGAACAGAGGAAUGUUUACAAGGAUUACCGGCAGCUGGAGCUGGCCUGUGAGACCCAGGAGGAAGUGGAUAGCUGGAAGGCUUCCUUCCUUCGUGCAGGGGUCUACCCAGAACGCGUUGGGGACAAGGACAAAGCCAGUGAAGCGGAGGAGAAUGGAUCAGACAGUUUCAUGCACUCCAUGGACCCUCAGCUGGAGAGACAAGUGGAAACAAUCAGGAAUCUGGUGGAUUCCUACAUGGCAAUUGUCAACAAAACCAUCAGAGACCUCAUGCCGAAGACAAUCAUGCACCUCAUGAUAAACAAUACCAAGGACUUCAUCCACUCAGAGCUGCUGGCGAACCUGUAUUCCUGUGGUGACCAGAAUACACUGAUGGAGGAAUCAGCAGAGCAGGCCCAGCGACGUGAUGAAAUGCUGCGCAUGUACCAUGCCCUGAAAGAGGCCCUCAACAUCAUCGGGGACAUCAACACCAGCACUAUCAGCACCCCAAUGCCCCCACCGGUGGACGACUCUUGGCUGCAGGUGCAGAGCGUACCAUCUGGACGCAGGUCUCCUACGUCCAGCCCCACGCCGCAAAGGAGAGCUCCCGCUGUGCCACCAGCCAGACCUGGGUCUCGAGGCCCAGCUCCUGGGCCACCUCCUGCUGGUGGGUCAACGCUGGGUGGUGCACCCCCUGUGCCCUCCAGGCCAGGUGCCUCUCCUGAUCCCUUUGGGCCCCCUCCUCAGGUUCCUUCUCGACCUAAUCGUGCUCCUCCUGGUGUUCCCAGUCGUUCAUAGACUCCUCCGGAUCCUGAUACCAGCUUGUCAUUUGAGUUCACUGAUGAAUGGAGAAUUUCCAAUGACAAGGGACUCUUUCUCUUCUUCUCCUGUAUAUAGAAUAAGAAUGUUCCCUGCUAGCACUUGGACUCGGGUCCUUCUGCCAUGGAAUCACUAUCAGUGACCCCUGAGGACUGGCAGCCACGCAGAAGGGGCCCUGCCUCACCUACUCGACCUACCAUAAUCCGACCGGCUGAACCGUCCCUCUUAGAUCUAUAACUUGAGGCUGUAGACAGCUGGCGACGAAUGCCGUGCUGGCGGCUUCCCCAUUCCACCCUCCCUUCCACAGCCACAGUCACUCCUCUCAUCCAUCCCACAUCUGCCUCCCACUGCCCCUUCCUGGUGUGUCGUAAAACACUAGCCUAGUGAUUGAGCUCUUCGUCUUCACUCGUGCGUCCUGUAUUGCUUUGUGAGCGUAGAGUAGCCUUCAUUCAGUGGCACGGAUCCCUGAAGUACACAGGCUCCUUGGAGAGAUCAGCCGCAGGGACAUCCUUAAGUCCAAGUGGUGGCUGUCCGUCCAGUUAUUUCAUCUGACUGGUCUAGCCUGGAUAAGUGUCCUGCCUGCAUCAGUUAGCUGUAGCACCUAGGACUGAUCUGUAAUUAUUCUUUUCUUGUAGUUAAGAAGAUAAAAGUAUGACUUAGGAGAAAAAUGCUGUCAAACGUGACACUGUUAGGAACAGAUUACAUGUCCUGUGUAUUAGUUUGACUUCUAAGGUGCAAAAAUUCAUGUUGGGAACAGUGCAAUCUACCUUAUAUCAAAGCGAGGCAGGGAGAUGGAGAAGGGGGGAACUCAAUGGAUCGGCAUAGUCCUCUAGAGUGAAGUCUGAGAUAGCGCACACCUCAGCGUGCAGGGAGCACGCGGACCUGCUCGUGCUCAGCUCCCCAAAAGGGCUGGGGAAAUCCUGCUGGUGAAGCACUGGCUCCUGCCAGCAGCUGUUUCGCAUCAUCAUUUUUGGCUGACUUUCCUGAACCCAGCAGGGAGAGGGUAAUAGAUACGCUGCUCCCCCCUUGCAAAUGGACAACCAAAUGUUUUCAGGGAGUUUGCUUUGUAAUGUUUUGUUGAAAAUAUUUCUGCUUUGAAUAAGCACAUCUCUGUGUUUUUGGUACUGUGGUGACUUCUUCCGUAGCCUUUUCUUGCAUGUGGAUGGUACGUGUUUGGGGAAACUUGUAACUGUUGUUUAUCACGACUCAUCUUCUUAAGGUUUGGUUUUUACUCUUCAUGUUAUGUGUAUUAAAAAUACUACCAAAAAAAAAACUUCAGAAUUAAAAAUGUAUCAACCCUGUACAUCUUGGAUGUCAUGUCUCUACCAGAAAUGAGCCACCCGUGUUGCAGACUUUCAACUAGGUCUGAUUCAAAUUUAAGUUCUCUCUUUCCAGUGUGAUUGUCAUGAAUUUCUGUUGUGGAUCCUCUAUUGUUCUGAUGACAGUUCCUUUCUGUAUUUUAACUAUUGUUUUACUACCUCUUCCCCUCUUCCUUCCCUUCCCCCUUUUCUUUCUUGUCUUCAAAUUCCAGCCGGCCGGGUAAGGCCAGUCCCUCCCGCCCGGAGAGCCCAAAACCACCAUUUGACAUGUAGGCCUGCUCCCUCUGAGACUCUUUGCCUGCCUCUUAGCUGUUCUGUCCUGGAAUGGUCUGACUCAAACCUCACACAUGGCUUGUUCUGUUUGUAUUUUGUGAUACACACAUUAUCAGAUGUGACUGUAGUGAAACUGUUUUUUUCUCUUCCCAGCUGCUUUAAAGGAGUUAAACAAGUAUAUUGUAGUAAUGAGAAACAUAUCUUUACUGUUAUAAAUAUCUAUAAAUAUAUAUAUAAAGAUGGAAAAUCUAUAUAUGUCCAGGUGUUUAAAGCCAUUUGUGCUUCCAUGUGGAUUUUAGGAAAUGCCUAAGUAGGGAAAGAAUAUCUAUAUACAUAUAUAUAUAUAUACACACCCAAAAAAAGUUAACCAAAUCCUGAUGUUGAGUUUUUGAGCUGAUUGUUAAAUUCUCUGCUGUGUGCAGUUGGGUUAAUGUACUACCCCAGACUUGUGGGUGAACUGUCUCAGUGCUGGUAGUAGCUGUGAUGCAGUUUGUGAUCUACCUGUCACUUUUGUUUAUUGGAUGAAAUAAACUAUCAUUUCUGUAUAAUGAAGGACUCCACAACUAGAAUAAAACCAUCUCUUUCUCUUGC